CCUUAAUUUGCUAGACCACAGCAGCAAAGGAUGCCUUCUCUGGUAUAUUUAUAAAAGCAACGUAGAGGGAAGGACAGCGGCUGCCUCUGGCUUGCUUUCUGACCUUGGGAGUUACCAAGACUGGCAUUCCUGUGAAGUCAUGUGACCAGGAUUGGCGGGCACAGCUGUCACCAAUGGAGGGGAGGGGCACAGGAGUGGCCAUUCCGAUUGAAUUUCACUCCAGCCACUUGAGAUUUUUCUCUUCUUUUCUUGCAGUGGGUUUUUUUUUGUCUUCCGCCUCUUUUGUUCAUUGAUUUGGGUUUUAGAAAGUUCUAGCAGGAGAGCAGCAUCCAAGAUGCUAGCCUAGAAUAUUAGGAUGGUUGCCCUAAGACCUUGGUGGCCACAUUUGCCAUCUCCUGCUGACAUUCCUUCAUCUGAAUCGUCCGAGGUUCCUGUGGUCCAGAGCUUCCGAAUGGUAAAAUCUGCCUUCCAGUUUUAGCACCAACUUUAUUGUGUUUCACGGUGUGUCUGCUGUCCUGGCAGGUUAGUAUAUGACGCUCUUGAGCACAAAGGAGAUGGGUCAGGACCAGACAAAGCAGCAGAUAGAAAAAGGACUCCAACUUUACCAGUCCAACCAGACAGAAAAGGCCCUGCAAGUUUGGUUGAAGGUUUUGGAAAAGAGCACGGAUGCUGCUGGCAGGUUUCGAGUCCUGGGUUGCCUCAUCACCGCUCACUCAGAGAUGGGCAGGUACAAAGACAUGCUAAAGGUAAAGCAGAUUUCACGCUGAAUGCCUGCUCUUUUCUCUCACUAAAACGGGGAUGGGAGCUGUCGUGGGCAAGCAGGCUUUGGGGAGCAGUUCAGCAGACAAACUGCAAAUACAGUGAGCCUGGAUUUGGUAGAAUUGCUCUUGGAAGGUCCUGUAAAUUGCUUAGAUUUGUAAAUUGCCAUCCUGCAUCUCUGCUCCCAGUUCUCCAUCCCCAGAAAUUCUUAGAUUGUCGAUCUUUGAUGUUUAAUUCCCAGGAACGUAAUUGUGCUAGCCAAAGCAUGUUGUGUUAUUGUAGCAGAUUGUUCAGUUUUGCAAAGCAUUAUUUGCGUGUGAAAGUGUGCAUAACUGUUCAGGAGGCAAUGCCCUGAGGCUAUCCUUUGAUUUCAGUGACUCAUCUGUCAUAUUAUGCAAUCUUCAGAAGAAGGGGGUUAUACAAAUUAAAUAAAUCAGCAACAAUAGCCAGACACUCCUUUCUUGUUACCAUUUUACUAGCAUUUAUGCUCUGAUGCCAGUAAGGCAGUGACUCCCCAAUGGUGCUUCAUCAGGGUUGCCAGAACUUCCCCUAAAUGUUCAAAGCACCCUGCAUACCUUCUUGUGAUGACCUAACAAAAGAUGAGCCCUUAUAGAUCAGACCAAAGAGCUAUCUAGUCCAGCAUCCGCUUUCCCACAGUGGCCAACUAGAUGCUCCUGUUGUUGUUCCCCAGCAAUUGGUAUUCGGAGACGUGCUGCCUCUGAUGCUAGAGGGAAGCUAUACAACCAUCGUGGCUAGUAACCACUGGGUUGUAAGUGCUUUGCAAAAGGCCAUCCAAUGAGACGAGACUGGAAUUCAGAUCUUCCAGAAUCUGUUCUUAUUGGCCACUACAUGACACUAGUUCUUUUGAAGGCAGGGGUGGUGAAUCUGUGAGCCCUCCAUAUCUCAUCAGCCCCAGCCAGUGUAGCUGAUGUGUGGAGGCUGUAGUUCAGUGGCAGGGAACAUCUAGCCCCCAGGCCUCCCCCUUUGGCCUGUGGGGCAGUUUCAGCCAAGCCACAGCCACUUGCCCUGCGCUUAUGUCUUUUAUGACUACAGUGUAGUUCAGCAACAUUUGGAGGGCCAAAGGUUAAGUCACCCUUAUUUUAAGGCAAUUGUAGGAAAAGUGCAGUGUAGACAGUUGUGGGAGGAUUAUCUGUAUAUCGUGGGUUGGGUGCUGGCCAGUGUACCUUCAACAGAGACUCAGCUCCACUAGUGGUCCCUUCAGUAAAAUACUUGGGAACCUAAUUUCUUGCUAGUGCAGCAAGAACUAGUAGCAUUUGCAAGCGUUUUAUUUGAGGGUUGACAGAGCCCCAAGACCAAGUGAUAGCCACACAAGAGAUUCUAUAGAACCUAACACUAAAGUCUGAAAUAUGGGCAGGUGGAUACAGCCCUGCCCCAUAGAGCUCACAGUCCAAAUAGGUAUGUACACAAACUUAAAAGAGGGGCUGCAGAAGAACAACAGUUAGCCACCCCAACAGUUGUUUAAUGUCAUUUCCUCAGUUUGGUGUUUCGUGUUUAAUCUUGUCACAUCUUCCACAAAGCCAAGUGCAUUAAUCUCUGUGCAGGCCUCUGAGUGAUGCAAUCCAUCUUGAAGAGCUCACAGCCAGGUGCUUCUUAGGUAAGAACAGAUGCAUUGGAUGAAGAGGUGCUUAAUGAUGCUCAAACCCAUACACAGUGGCCAGGAGCAUUCCAGUUUGCAAAGGAGGGCUUUUCUUAUAUUCUUAAGUGUUCUGGGAGGGCAUUCCAGGACAGCAAGGGGGAAAGGGGGAAGGCAUUGCAAGGAGCAGGCACCCUUUGGAUGGCUGAGGGUUAUAGGAAUGGAUGAGUGAAGGUCACAAGAAGGUACAUGUUGGGAGAUCAGUGCAGAGGGAUAGGCAGGAGCAAGGCAAUGGAGGCUUUGCAGAUAAAUGGAGAGCAGGAGAGGUUCCAAAUAUUGACAGGAGCAGUUAAAGGUUUAAAGUCAGGGUUUCCCAAAUUUGGGUGUCUAGCUGUUGUUGGACUACUACAACUUCCAUCAUCCCUAGCUAGCAAGACUAGUGGUCAGGAAUGAUGGAGCCGCAGGUUUGGGAAAUACAGGUUUAAACCAUAGAAAAACAAAUGAGACAGCAGGCCUGAAAUGACGCAGUAGAAUCCAAUGUUGUGUAAGCAGGCUUGCACUUGAGCAAGGAGACUUCCCUUCCCUCCAAUCUCCCCACCCCCGUUAUACUCCCAAAAUCUGCUCUGGAGGGUCUACCAAACUCUUUAGAGCAGAUUCUGAAGGUGAGAAGAGCGAGGAAGGUGAAGUCUAGUUGUAUGAGUGCAUGAGUUCAGUACACACAAACAUGCAUGGACAGCAUUGUGAAACAUUUAAUUUAGCUAAGAUGACUUCAUCUCUAACGUGUGCUUCAUCAAGAUGCUGGAAAUGAUACAGAUACCUUGCCUUGAAUACUUCAGAGUCUAAAUUAAGAGACCUGGACCUAAGUUUGGAGAACCUUCUGGAAUAAACAAUUUAUAAAUGGAAAGCCUUGCCAAGCACUUCUGUUCAUCAAGAUGGCGCUUAAUUCUUUGCCUCAAAUCUAGCAUGGGAGCUGGUUUUAAUUAGCUGGGAAAGGACAUAGUUGCACCUGUUUAACACUAAAGGAGAGACCACAGGCAAAAGUUCUGGAUGGCAAAAGCUAUGUGAGUUGAAGAGGGACUGGUCUAGGGUGCAAUUCCAGGGAUCAGCAUCCUGGCUACAAUUAAUCCCUUUCUUAAUGAUACACAGAAGGGAAGCAAGUUAAUGGAAAGGGUUGUUAGGACUGCUUUACCCAGGACACACUUUUCUGCAUGGAAGGGAAGCAGCCCGUGGUAAGGAGACGCAGCAGAGAGAGAGAGAAAGAAAGAGUCAAGUAGUUUGUUUUACUUAAUUAUAUUGCAUUUGGGUUUAGACCAGCUUAAUUUAAAAAAUCAAGGCAGCAAUAUCCUACCAUUUCUGACUCACCUGUUUCUUAUACAAGAAAGCCCUUUCUUUGCCCAGCGUGCUUCCAGAUUACCUGCUUAUUGAGCAUUCAUCCUGAUUUCUUUGCAAAGGAGAUGAGGCCAUGUUGGCUAUUUAAUGAGCAUUCUUUCUUCUUUGCUUGUGGGGAGGUUAGAUGUUACCGCAUCACAAGGGGUUAUCCCGUGUUUCUAGUCACUUUUCUUGCCGCAAAAAGUCCAACCUUUUGGGGAAGCACCUUUGUUUCACCAGAUCUCUAAAUCAGCUUUAGUUAUACCACUGAAUUUGCUGGUAGCGCCCUCUGCCCUCUUAGCUUCCCCACAUGUAACAGUUUUCUUAGGCAUGCAUAACAGGGUUAAACCAGAAAGCAGACAGAGUAGCCAUGAAAACGAUUAGUUUUACGAGCCAAAAAGCAGCAGAGUGCAGUGCAAUGGGAAGACUGAGCCAGGGAGGCAUGAGAGUGAUCGGAUAUCACAGUGUUUAGUGUUUGAGAGCGGGACCUGCACAGCUAUUUAAUUAUUUAAGGAAAUUAGUUUAGUCAAAGCUGUUUAAUAUUUAAUGUAGUUGAAAAUAAGCCAAAACAACUUAUUUAGGGAGCAAUUCAGUCCAUUCUCAUACUGCUGCCAUCUUUCUGAAAAUGCCAGAACUGAAAUAUAACAAGACGGUACGAUAUGGGUAAGGAAUCUUGAAUUUUACUGAAAGAUAUCUUUCCUGAAGUUCCCUCACACAGAAACUCUGGUAAGGAUAACUGAGUAGGAAGAAAACUGACCUUAACCAGCAAUAGACUGAACGGAAUCAUUGGAGUUUACAGUAGUAUAGCUGUGAAGAAUGGGGAUUAAUUACGAUGCCCAUUGAGAUUCAUAAAAUGAUAGAAUCAUAGAGUUGGAACAUUCCCCCUGCAAUGCAGGAAUCUCAACUAAAGCAUCCAUGACAGGUGGCCAUCCAAGCUCUGCUUAAAAACCUCCAAUGAAGGAGGUUUAAAUUCCUCCCUCUCUCACCUUCUGUCUCCUCCUGUGACCAUUGGCAGCUCCUCCUUAUACCCACAUUUGAGGCUUCUUUGACAUGAAGGUCUCUUGUAUCUGCUUAAAGCUCCACCUCUGGCCUUAAUUCACCCAGUGUAUCAUACCUCUGUAUUCUUAACUCCAAGCUCCUCAGUGCAUCAUGCACCUGAAUGCAUCACGGUAUCUUCUCUAGCAACAGAGAUGAUGUUCCUUAAAUGUUCUGUUCUCUGCUGGAAGUUUGCAGUUGUGCAGAUAGACACAGCCCGGGAGCUGGAGGAUCCGGACUACCUUACAGAGAGCUACCUGAAUCUGGCUCGGAGCAAUGAGAAGCUCUGUGAAUUCCAAAAAACCAUCUCCUACUGCAAGACCUGCCUGAACAUGCAAGGCACCACAGUGAGCCUGCAGCUCAAUGGCCAAGUCAGCCUCAGCAUGGGCAAUGCCUACCUCGGCCUCAGCAUUUUCCAGAAGGCUCUGGAGUGUUUUGAGAAAGCCCUGCGCUAUGCCCACAACAAUGACGACAAGAUGCUGGAGUGCCGCGUCUGCUGCAGCUUAGGGAAUUUCUACACACACCUCAAGGUGGGUACUGCUCAGGCAGGAGGUGGAGAGGGACUGCAGUUAAGAGGUUGAACAAUAUGACAGGAGCAGAAGGAAUUUGAGGCAUGUGGACAAAUGUCUGUGGGCCUGUCCAGACUGUGGUUUGGUCAUGUAAUGUGCAGGAUGAGGUCAGGAAAGUAUCCUGGUGACAGGCAGAUACCUUUGCCCCCUCUUAGGCUGCCCCACAAUGAGUGUGGGGAGCCAUCAUGCAGGCGGAAAAGAUCCUGACAACCCUUGCCAACAAUAACAGGAGGAGCGGGGCACUGAAUGCCUAGUUAGCAGAGGUGGCAGUGCCAAGUUGGCAGUCCUUAAAGAAGGGCUUGACUUUGAGGCUGCUCCAUAUAUUACAGUUUUGGUAUACGAAGCCUGCAAAUUACGCAGGGGUUACAUUCCAGCAAUCAUGUCUAAACCAAAAUCAAAACACAUUGGGUGCAGUGGCGGGUAGGAUUGCCAAAGUCUUUUCCCCCUGGACAGCUGCCCCCUUUCCUUCCCCCUUUUAUUUAUUUAUUUGCCAAGCAAGUAAAGCUGAUUGUGCACAAGGAAAAUGUGCUUAAGGGGGACCGUAACAUUUAUAAUAACUUACUUAUGCCACCAUUUUCAAAGUAUUAUAACUGCAGUUAUAGCACCUUUUGGUUAUGUGGUUGUGUCUGAUCAGUUGUCUCAGAAUUUUCUGAGAAAGUGAAUGCAGUGCCCAUUAACAUGGACAAUGUUUUAUCAAAUAACUCAGUAAACAACUCCCUCACUUGUGUGAAUGAAUGCCAAACUACUAGUACUUUUCUUCUAGAAAAAAGGUACUCACCAUAAAGUUGUUGGAGUAAGUGCCACACUUUUAAUAAGUGCUUUUCUUCUAGGGAAAAAAGGGUGCUGGUACUGCGUACCUUUGAGCACCCCCAGGGGAAAAAAGCACUGCUAGUACCAGUGUUUUCCAUUGGAGAGGGUUUGGAAGGUUUCCCUCCUAAUGCUUUACAUUUCUGAGAAGGAAAUUCUCCCAAUUCUGGGGGAAACAAGCAUAUUCAUAUUUUGGGGCAAUAGCCCCCCUGACCCUGGGUGUAACCUUGGCAACGCUUGUUUUUAAUGCAUUCUCCCUUUAAAUUUGGGGAUUUGUAAAAGACUCAAACCCUUUUCCCAAAUUGCUGUUCACUAAAAUCUGUACAAUGAGAUGCAAGCUCCUUUGAAGAGCAACAGCAAUGUGCAGAGUAGGUGGGUUUCCCUACGUUACAGCAAAUAGGUGAGUUUGUAAAUCUGCUAAGUUUUAUUUUCUAAUUAAUGAGAGGUUGUGGAAUUAAGAGAUUGAUCAGAAAUAGGCAUGUCUGCUGUACAUACCAUACAAUGCAUGCACCUUACAGCCUGGCUGAUUAGGGACUAGGUUUCCGCCUGCUUGCAGAACUGGAGACAGGUGCUCCCAUUAUUACCUUGACAGGCUCUUUGCUGCUCCACAAGCAGUCUUAAGGGUCUCAUGCUUCUCUCCCGCCCACCUCUGUCCCUGCUUUUGUCUCGUAUCUUUUUAAGGACUAUGAGAAAGCCCUGUUCUUUCCAUGCAAGGCUGCGGAGCUGGUGAAUGAUUAUGGAAAGGGCUGGAGUCUAAAGUACCGAGCGAUGAGUCAGUACUACAUGGCUGUGGCCUAUCGGAAGUUGGGGCGCUUGGCCGACGCAAUGGAAUGCUGUGAGGUACAAGGUGGCGAGGCGCUAAAAAAAGAGAAUGAGAGGUCUCUGCAGGUCAGCAAGGGAUGGACCGUAAUUCUGUGGCAACAGACCUGCUUUGUGAGCAGUUCACUCCCUGACAUCUCAAGUUAAAAGGUCAAAUAGACCCUAGAGAGAUUCUGCCAAUCAGAGUGGACAGUAUUGAGCUAGAUAGAGAAAUAGAAGGUCUGACAUAGUGCAAAGUAUAUUCCCACAUAGAUAAAGGCAUCUAUUGCAAUAUAUGCCCUGUAGCUCAUACAAGUAUACUCCUGCUUUCUCUUAUUGCCAGCAGAUAACAUGGGUGAGCGCUCUCCAGUGCAAGUGGGGCACAAGACCAAUAUACAAUAUAUGAACACCCUCACCCCCAAGUAGAUGCAAAAUUCUUAGAGCAAACUGGAUCUAUGGUGUGGUUGAAAAGGUUUAAAUUCUGAUUCUGUGACAUUUUCUUGCUAGGAGUCAAUGAAGAUUGCCCUUCAGCAUGGAGAUCGUCCUUUGCAGGCACAAUGCCUGCUUUGCUUUGCUGAUAUCCACCGCAGCCGUGCAGAUAUACAGGUAUGCAGGCCCGUGCGGAGUGGGGUGGGGGGCAGCCAGGUACACUUGCCCAGGACUAAGCCAGCUGGGGUGCCUUGCCAGAGACCCACUGCUUUUUUGUUUGAGUUUAUGACUUUAUUCUAACAAGACUCCUGUCCUGGGCCUCAGACAAGCUCUGCAUACUCCUGCAGGUAUGAAACACCCAUUCCGUCCUAUGAAACAGGCAACAGCAGUCUGGAGAUUAAGUUAUAAGGCUUGGAGAGUGAUUGACCUCUCUUAUACCGCAGACAGCAUUCCCCCGUUACGAUUCCUCAAUGAGCAUCAUGACCGAGAUUGGAAACCGUCUGGGACAGAUCCAGGUGCUGGUGGGCGUGGCCAAGUGCUGGGUGAUUCAGAAGGAACUGGACAAGGUCAGUGAUAAGCUAAACUGAAAAGCUGAAUAGAUGACACUUGAUUCCCCUUCGAUCUCUUCCCCUUCCCUCUUCCCCUAAAUCCCAACAACUUGGCCCUCGCAGUUACCACCUUAAAUAUUCUUAGUACUGGUAAGGCUAGCCUGUACCAAUCCAAGGCUAGCCUGUUCCUGUGGCCUGAUUUUUAUUACAUGAGCUAAGAAGUAGCCUAAGACACCAAUGUAGCAAACGGGGAGCAGGGGCGGAUUGAUGCUUAUCACCAUGGCACUUUAUUUCUUCAGUUCUAUGCUCAUUUUACAGAAAACUGUAACAUCCAGUUCCAACCAAAGAUCCUUGGUUGUGGCUGGGGAAAUUCAAAAGUACAUAAUAAGGGGAAUCUGGAGAUAACCGUGAAACAUUAAGAUUACCUGUUCCCAUAAUAGAUACAGUACGGUGGUUUUUCUUUCAGGGUUAGUGAGCAUGAAGAGACAGAGACAGUGCCUUCCUGCUCAGAUAUGUUCACGGACCAUUCACAGAGAGUAUGACUAAGGAUUCCUUCAUGGCAGGGGUAGAUGGGAAAUCUGCAGCUAUCCAACGUGGGAGGCAGCAGUUACAAGUUACCAGUUUCUGCAGCCACCGUGGGCGCUGUGAUUCUCCAGUGGUUUGAGUUUGCCCCUAGAGACGCACUCCAUUGUCCCUUGAGACAGAUAGAUGCCAACAGCGAUAAUCAGAUGUGGCAAGCAGGACCAUGUAGCUGCACCAUAGAUUUCCACAAAAGGCCUUACCAAAUUGACCAUCUUAGUUUCUGUUCCUUCCCUAAUAAUCUCUAGGGUGGAACUAGGCUUUCUCACUGCCACUGCAGGUUGAGUUGAAGUUUUCAGUGAGCUAUCCAACAUGAGUAGAUAUAGGAGAAAUGCACACAAUAGAUUGUAAUAAUUUUUUUAAAAAAAAUCAAUCUAAAGCCAUAGCCUUUUCACCUGAGGUGUGUUUCGGCAUGCAACAUGAAAGCUGCAGAAAAUGGAUUUAUUUCUGUCUCGUCUACAGUAAUAUGCAGCAUAGUGAUCUUGUUUUAUUUCCCACAGGCACUAGAAAGUAUCGAGAAGGCUUAUGAGGUGGCAGAGGGACUUGGAAACAAGGUAAGUCCUCUCAUUGCCAAUUUCUUGUGACCGUUAUGAGGUAAUCUGCUCUAUUUAUUUAAAAUAUUUGAGUUGUGUCCAUCUAAGUCAUAUUCUGAGGAGACUCGCUGAAAUCAGUGACCAUUGACUUUGAUGGGUCUACUCUAAAUAAGAAAGGAUAUAAAAAGUUGAAUCCAGCUUUCUGCUUAACAGGCCUCCAAGGCAGCUCCCAAGUGAAAAUGAAUGCACAAUAUCACCAUAAGAAGACACUUUUAAAAGGCAGUGGUGACUGAUGAAAGCCCUGGCAUUGAUGGAAAACUAUAGACUUGUAAUUGGUUAACAGUCAAUUCCUUUCACCAGGGUACUUUUGAGGGAGCAGGGAUAGGAAUUCCUAACAGAAACUGCAACACCUCACCAAAAUACAAUUCCCAGGAUUCUUCAGGAGAACACUUUAGUGUAAAUUGAUAAUGUAAGCUGCGCCCUUGGUGGAGGCAGGCCAUCUUAACAGAAAGGGAAGAAAAGAGCUAUUCCCAGCUUUUUAUAACUUUCAGGAAAAUGGAGUUAGCAUGGUAGCUACUACACUGAGGUGAAAAAACCUCUCUCAUUUUACAGAUGGUUUAGGAGAGGCAAUCAUUGUAAAUGUCCAUAAACUUCAUUGGGUCUCCUCUGAGUAUGGUUAAUGUGGGAAAUUGUCCACUGAACCUGAAAAGAGGGACAUUUUCAUCAAGCUUGAUUAAUAUGUAUGUUGUAAGAUUUUCACCUUACAAAAACAAGAGUUCUAGAUGAGAGAAAACUAACCUGGCAGAUGGUAGAGGACAAGGAGGAGCACAAGGGGAGACACAGGAGGUGAUAAAUGUGUCAGAAAGUUGUAAAAGAGAAAGUUUUAUUGCUGAUUAAGGAUUGAAAUGGUUGGAUCCGCAGAAAGCCAGUCUAGUCCUCUGUGAUGCCCUUUCCGUCUUUCCCCAUCUCCGCACAGCUUGGCUUGCUGAAGGUUCACUGCCUGUGUGAAGGCAUCUACCGCACAAAGGGGCAGCAGCGGGAGCUUCGCAACCAUGUGGUGAAGUUUCACGAAUGUGUGGAAGAAAUGGAGCUUUACUGUGGCAUGUGUGGCGAAUCUAUUGGAGACAAGAACCACCAGCUCCAAGCUUUGCCCUGCUCCCAUGUCUUCCAUAUAAAGUAAGUAACAGAAAGGGAUGCAUCAGAUCAUAAGUGAUAGAGCUGAAUUGACUGGGGGAUGUUGGUGAGUGAAUGAAUUCUUUAUUAACUAAUGAAGGUCUGCUGUUAAUGACACAACUCUUGUUUUGUAGUGAAGUUGGUAGGGAGGCAUAUUGAAGUUUAUGAGCCAGUAGGAACUAGGUCAUAUUGCGCCACAAACUAGUUGCAAAAUGUGGAGAAUGGGAAAUGGAAGAAAGGAUGGAUUGUGCUUGAUGUCUACUCCAAAAUGAGCAAAUAGAAUAAUAAAAUCAGGAAGUAAUUGAAGGUUAUCUAUUCCAAAAUGUUGUCCAAAUUUAGCAUAUGCUGUGCAUUAAAAAAGGAGUUGAAUGGGUAAUCUGUUGCUGGGAGUUACUAAAUGCUGCCUUACAUGGUGGGAAAUGCAACAGGCAAGUGGGUAGAGCGAGUGAAUGGAGCAACUCCAUGCUUUGCAGAAGCAUGGAAUGAAACUAGGGGAGUUCAGGAGUGGUUUGGAAGUCUGAUUGUAAACAAAGAGGUCCUGGAGUCCAGCAUCAAAAAGAAACAGCAAAUGACCUCAUGGAUGAGAAAUCUUGGCAUCCUUAAUCUGGCAAGGCUAACUUUAGCAUGUAGUAAAUAGCAGAUCAAAUAUUAACAAACAAAAAAGAGAAUGUGAACAGGUUGAUAGCAUAGCCAUGACUAAUAGUUAAUGUGGGUGGAUACAACCCACAAAUUGCAGCAAAUGUGUUGCUUAGUUUUCUUCAAUGAAAAAGAAAGCAUCCCUGUAACUGAUUUGGAAAACAGUGAGUGACUAAGUUAUACUCUGAGUAGAUGCAAUGAGAUCAGUGGGAUUAUGUCCUUUAAUUUCAAUGAGUUUACUCUGAAUAUUGAUUUGUGUGACAGUGUUUUUUUAAUGGUACCAUUAUGUGCCUUAUUCCUGUAUCUUAAAUACUGUACUGAGAUAGUUCAGUUGGUAGACCGUGAGACUCUUAUUCUCAGAGUUGUGGGUUUGAGCCCCAUGCUGGGCUAAAGAUUCCUGCAUUGCAGAGAGGGUUGAACUAGAUGGUGCUUGUGGUUCUUUCCAAUGAUUCAAUUAUGAAUAUAGGUAAUCAGUAAUUAUCAGGUCCUAUUCCUCCCUAAGGACUGGUUAUUUAAGUUAGGACCUCCUCUACACUCCAGCUUAAGGUGUGUUUCUUUUUCACUGCAGGUGCCUUCAGACCAAUGGGACACGUGGUUGCCCCAAUUGCCGACGCUCAUCUGUUAAACCAGGAUUUGUGUGAUCCAUGAUUUAGGAGAGCUCAAUCGAUAAGUGUCAAAUAGCUGGAACAUUUUAGGCUCAUGGUAUGGAGAUAGGGAACCAAUGGGUAGGAAGAGGGUCUCCUGCAGACUGGAUGCAACAUGUGGACCUAGUUCUCUGCUCCCUGAUGUUCCACACAUCUGAGUUGUGGAUGUCUACCUGGAGUUUUCUGACAUCUCUUUCCUCAAAACCAGUUAUCACAACCAAUAUGUCACCUCUGUUCUUUGAAAGGAGUUGGUUAGCAUGUCUUCCUACGAUCCCAGUCCUCUCAUUCUCAUGUUCUGCUGCUUCUGGUAGUUUCUACCAGGUCCAGUUCUGACACUCAUACCACACACCUUGUUUUUAUUCAUUCCUUGUGGGGGGGAAAAUUAUCAUCACAACACACUGUACUUGGAUGAUGUAGCUAUGGAGAGGUACCAGCCAUUUCCCAAGUACCGCUAUAAGUUACUUCCUCAUGGCAUGUAUUGGAUGCCUAGCAGCAGUUCCCUGUAUAUACUUUGGGAAAUUAAUAUGAUAUCCGUAAUAUAAAAUAGGAUCCUUUGAUGAGCUCACCUGACUUAUCAAAUUCAAGCUUCUUUUGCCUUUGAAUGUUCAGCUCUGUGACGUCUCCACCUGUCUUUCAGCAAUGUGUUUGUGUCUGCCACAGUGUGCUUGGGAUUCUGCCCAGAGUAUUGGAUUUAUUUGGCUUGAGAGCCGCUCUAUUCUGCUCCUGCAGAAAAUCUAAUUGCUGCAUGGACUACAAAGGGAAAGCCUCUUGGGCCAGGGUGGGGAAAGGUGCUUGUUGGGGGGAUGUUUCUUUUGUUUUAUUCGUUUGCUAUAGUAUUGUGAUGUUACACAAGCAGAAGCAGUUACCUGUCUGCAAUUAUGUUGUCUUCAGUAUAUUUAUACAUUUGGUAAAACUAUUUAUACUGGAAUCAAUAAAGUUGUAUCAACCAACGACUCAGUAUUUUCAAAUUACCUUGACACAGUUGUCUCUCCCACCACCACCGCCC